AAUUCCAUUUAUAAAAUGAAUUUGAAGCAUAUUAAUCGUAAACAACUUAAAUUACAAUUAAAAAAUUUCUGUUUUCUAUAUGCUUCUCUGUUUUUGUAUGAGAAAGAAAAGCUAGCCAUGAAAAAAUUAUUCAUUUGUAUAUAACACUUAUACGUAAAAAGUUCUUGUAUAAUUUUUAUUUAUAACGUCAUAUUAAUUUGUGGAAAAAAUUAAUAUAUUUGUGAAUUGAUGUCUAAUUCUAAUGCAUAAACUGCAUUAUAUCAAAAGAGAAAAGGAAUAUGUUGUUACAUUCUUCUAAAUCUUCAAUUUUGGAACAUGUCAUGAUUUUUAGCAUUUGCAAUGUUGUUUUUACCUAGACCAAAAAAUAAUAUAUUAUCAAAUAUAUCAUGUACAUUUCGACAACAAAAUUAUAGAUUUAUUAAAAAAAUGACUGUAAGAGAUGCAUUAAACUCUGCUCUUGAUGAAGAAUUAGCUCGUGAUGAGAGAGUAUUUAUUCUUGGUGAAGAAGUUGCAGAAUAUGAUGGUGCAUAUAAAGCAACAAAAGGUCUUUGGAAAAAGUAUGGAGAUAAAAGAUUAAUUGACACACCUAUCACAGAAGCUGGUUUUUGUGGUAUAGCUAUUGGUGCAGCACUUGCUGGUUUAAGGCCAAUAUGUGAAUUUAUGACCUUUAAUUUCUCUAUGCAAGCCAUUGAUCGUGUAGUAAAUGGGGCUGCUAAAAACUGUUACAUGAGUGGAGGAAUAUAUUCUGUUCCUGUUGUAUUUCGUGGUCCAAAUGGUAAUGCUAAAGGUUUGGCUGCACAACAUUCUCAGUGUUUCGCAUCAUGGUAUAUGAGUGUACCUGGCUUAAAAGUUAUGUCACCUUCAACUUGUGAAGAUUAUAGAGGAUGUAUAAAGUCUGCAGUUCGAGACCCUGAUCCAGUUGUAGUUUUAGAAAGUGAACUGCUUUACAAUAUUGAAUUUCCUGUAUCAGAUCAAGCUAUGGACAAAGAUUUUACAAUACCUAUUGGUAAAGCUAAAAUUGAAAAACCUGGAAAACAUAUUACUUUAACAACACAUGGCCAAGCUACUCUCUAUACAAUGCAAGCAGCUGAAAUUUUAGCAGGUCAAGGAAUAGAAGCAGAAGUAAUUAAUUUACGGUCUCUUAGGCCACUAGAUUGGGAUACAAUUUUUAAAUCAAUUUCAAAAACUCAUAGAUUAAUGACUGUAGAGCUAGGGUGGCCUAGGUGUGGAGUAGGUUCUGAAAUUGUGGCUACAGUAAUGGAAAAUCCAGUAUUUUUUGAGCUUGAUGCACCAGCUGUUCGUUGUACUGGUAUUGAUGUGCCUAUGCCAUAUGCAGAAACUAUUGAAUAUGAAUGUACACCAAAAGAUCAUCAUAUUGUAGAUUUUGCUAAAAAAAUUUGCAGUGUAAAAACAUAAAUUAAUUGUGUGUUUUAUAAAUAAAAUUUAUCUUCUUAAAAAAUUGUUUAACAAAUGUUUAUAUAUGAUGAUAUAUAAUUUGCAGGAACUAUGUUAAUUAAAAAAUGAUAACUUCAUUUUCUUUCUUAAAAUACUAAUCUUAAGGAAGUAAUUGAAAA